AUGAAAACACGGUGGAGGCAGUACUUCUCUCGAGCUUUGUCCUCAUCAACGAAUGCAAAAGGAGAAAACUCAGAGACAAUCUCAACUGAUCUCAUCACCGAAAUCCUCUUGAGAUUGCCUGGGAAGUCUGUAGCGAGAUGUCGCUGCGUAUCGAAGCUCUGGAACUCCACGCUGCGCGACAGUGAGCUCUGCUUCUACUCUGCACCUCAAGGUGAGAGCUCGUCGUCUCCUGACAUAAGGGAAAGGAAAGAAACGGCUCUUGUGAUAUGUAAACCAAGCACAGGGCAGUUGUUGCCUUUACCAAAAGUGAAGACGAAUACGAGUUUUCUUGGGUUUGAUCCGACUGAUCAGGAAUUCAAGGUUUUGACCAUAACCGGUGGUGGGUUUGAGCAUCGAGUUUUGACGUUAGGGACUCGAAAACUUGAAUGGAGAAGGAUCGAAUGUGGCAUUGGACGUCAUUGUCCUAAUAGAAAUAGUGACGGGAUAUGCAUCAAUGGUGGUGUGUAUUAUAAAGCUUGGGACGAUCACUCAGGUCGUGUGAUAGUUUGCUUUGAUGUUAGGUUGGAGAAGUGUAGAGUUAUUAACGCAGCUGAGGGCAUCAAUCUAAAUUGUGGUGCUCUUAUAAACUUCAAGGGAAAAUUAGGUGUUUUUACCGAAGAAAGCAGAAUUUUUGAGCUGUGGGUUCUGGAAGACGCAGAGAGGCAUGAAUGGUCAAAGAAUGUAUUGCCACUGCCUCUGUCGAAGAUUGUAGCUGGGGAGGCCAUGAUAUACAUGGUUGGAGUGGCUGGUGGUACCGAUGAAGUUGUCUGGUGGCCACGAUCUGUAUGUGCUCCGUUUUAUGUUGACUACUACAACAUGGAGAGGAACACUUUCAAAAGAGUUGAGAUCAAAGGAAUGGAGGCAGUUAGGGACUACACAGCGGACAUGACACUAGACUAUGUAGAGGACGUGAAGCUUAUGGAACAUGUUUAG